GGCCGCCUUUGUCCCUGGCGCCGAUGGCUGAAGCCUGGCGUCUAGAAGAAGACGAGGAGGAGCGGAAAGAGGUCGCCAGAAGGCACCGGAGAGCGCUUUUGAAUCCGGCGACAGAUCGUUCAGAAAGAAAUAAACCAGACCACCGUUCAUCAGGCCAAGGUCCCUUGUCAUCUAUUAAAGCAGCAAUCAAGAGAACUUCUCGGACAACGUAUCACAGUGAACAGCAAAGAGAAAGAAGACGCCCUGAAAUCACAAUAGUUGCAGCUGAGCCACUUGGACCAUCCUCCUGGUUUCCAGGUGGAAACCGUGUCCCUCAACAAGGGCUACUGUUCCAGUCAACUCAUAGCCAGACACCUUGGAGAGCCAGUGAACUUGUUCCAGCAGAGCCACCUUCAUAUGAGCAGGUAAUCAAAGAGAUCAAUCAAGUGCCAAUCAUCCCAGCCAGCAAUAAUAAUGCUACCUGUGCUGCUAAUUCUAGAUGUACUACUACAUCUUCAACACAGACUGACUUUCCAGAAGAGAUAAUCAGCAAUUUGCCAGGAAUAAAUGUGAAAAAUAAUCUGUCCAUUCUUUCUGAAUGCAAAAAUACUCCAGCUCUACAUAUUUCUCAGAAGCCAUCCAGACCUUCAUCAUCUCUGAUAAACAACAAUCUUCCCAUAAAUGAACAACUCUUAGUUAUUUUAGAAGACCAGACAUCUCAAGAGAAGUCUAAUGCUGGAGUACAUCCUGUGCCAAAACCAAGAUCAAAAGGCAAUCUGAAACCAGUGGCUAAAGACAAUCAAACAAACAAUCAGGAACAAACUAGCCCAUCAAGGACCGAAAAUGAUGAGUUAUCUAAUCCUUUGAUGUCCCUACUAGACAGUAGCCUUAAGGAAAGUCAUAUAGUAAUGGACAGCAUGGAUACAGAGAACAACCAAAGUAAUGUAUUAUCACGGAUUAAAUCAUUUGAAAUGCAAGGGAACAUUGAAACUUCAGGAAUAACCAAGAAACCAGAAGUAUCUCCACGCUCAUUAGGCCCCAAACCUAUCAUUAGUGCAAAAAAGCCUGUAGUGGCACCAAAGCCAGGCGUUAACAGAGCAUCAGGAGAAUGGGAGUCUUGGACAGAAAGCAGACAAAAAGCCACCUCCCAAGAGAAGCCCCUUCAGUCUGAGGAAGUUGGGAGCAACAUUAUAACUAAGCCUGAAUUGCCAAAGAAGCCAACAUUAAUGACUGUAAAGAGUAAUAGCAAUGGGCUCCUUAAUUCAGGAAGUGGAUCAACUUUGGAAAAUAUUGAUGGACAGAGAAAAGUUCCCAUUCCUGCUCCUAGGCCACUUGUUCUCAAGAAGUCAGUCUCUUUUGAAAGUCCUUCUCUUCCUAUGCUUCCCCUGAAACCAACAUGUACUGUUCCCAAGCACCCUAUAGCUGCCCAAUCAAAUGCCUUUAGAUCCCCAGUGGAGUGUUUGCCAAGCAGUAUUGUACCAUCUCCAACACAAAAUAUUACUUCUGCAGAAGGAGAUUUGAUCAGCUUUGAUGAUGAUGUUUUAUCCUUUAACCCUGUCAAGGCUGUUCAAGACGUUUCUCAUUCAGAAUCAGAUCUUACUAAUUUGCCAUCCAAAGCUGAAUCUGCAAAAGAGCAACCAGUUCAGCCAGCUGUUGUGCGUAAACCUACUGUAAUCCGAAUUCCAUCUAAACCAGCUAAAGCUUUAAAUGACAUUCUGGAAAGCCCUCCUCCUCCACUACCUACGGAGAAACCAAUUGGAAACACAUCUAGUAUUGCAACUGGAAAACUUAAUAACAUCGACAUACUUAACAAGGAACCUGAACAGCCCAGCUUGAUACAGCCAUUCAGGAAUAACCCUAUUCUGCCUCCAAGACCCGUUCAGGGGAAAAUCAUACCAUCUCGACCAUCUCCACCUAAAGGUGCCCCAGGAAGACCACCACCACCAAAAUCCACCAAAAUCUCAUCAGAUAUUGAUAGAUUUCCACGCUCAUCAUCUGAUGUAACACUCCAUAAGAAAUCUAGCAUGCUUGGAUUGGGAAUCAAAAAAACAAAGAGUGAUGAUUUUAAAAAACAUGGCUCAGCUUUACCCCCUCGACCCAAGCCAGGUCAUCCUCUAUAUAAUAAAUACAUGCUUCCUGUGCGUCAUGGAAUUGCUAAAGAAGACAUUUCAUCUCAAAAUGCUGGGCAUCUCUCUUGUAAGUGUGGAGAUGUACUUGUUCUGGUGGAUCAAGUUGAAAAUACCUACAUAGAAUGCAAACAUGGAGGUGAAACUGGCAAAGUUCAUUUAUCCCAAAUGCAGAUAAUCUACCCUGAGGGUGCAAAGCAAAUAGAUUCAGCUAAUAUGCAGAAGAUGAGUGAUUCAAAUGUUCCUCAUGCAAUAGUGCUGCAUAAUUUCACAGCAGAGCAUAAUGAUGAUUUGGACCUUAGUACUGGAGACACAGUUUUUCUUCUGGAAAAAAUAGAUGAUGAGUGGUAUAGAGGAAAAUGCAAAAAUCGUACUGGAAUUUUUCCGGCUAGCUUUGUCAAAAUUGUUAUUGAUACUCCAGGAGAAAACAGCUGGAAAAAGGAGCAGCUUUCACCAUCCAAUAUUGUUGGCCCAAGAUGUAAAGCUAGAUUUGAAUACAUUGGAGACCAGAAAGAUGAAUUAAGUUUUUCAGAAGGUGAAACUAUUAUUUUAAAAAGGUAUAUUAAUGAAGAGUGGGCCAAAGGAGAGCUGAGAGGUACUGCUGGAAUUUUUCCCUUAAAUUUUGUGGAAGUUAUUGAAGAUCUGCCUGAAUCAGAUGAUGGCAGCUUCCCACUGAGGAGUAAACAUUCAGGAUCAAUGACACAGCUGGAAGGACAAGCUGGACAGUGGUGUGAUGCUCUUCAUGAUUUUACAGCAGAAACACAGGAAGAUUUAUCAUUUAAAAAAGGAGAUUGUAUCUUAAUAUUAGAACAACUGGAUUCAGAAUGGUAUAGAGGAAGGCUAAAUGGAAAGGAAGGCAUUUUCCCAGCUGUGUUUGUUCAUGUUUGUUCAGGUGGAAUGCAAUCAUCACAACCUCAGGAAGGGAAGAAAGCAAAAGCUAAGGCCCUGUAUGAUUUUCAUGCAGAGAACACAGAUGAACUUUCUUUCAAAGUUGGUGAUAUCAUAACAAGUCUUGAAUCUGUAGAUGAAGAAUGGAUGAGUGGAGAAUUACAAGGCAAAUUUGGAAUAUUUCCAAAGAAUUUUGUCCAAAUUCUACAUCUUUCCUGAGGUGAAAUCCAAUUCUGGAGCAUUGUUUUACAAGUGAAUAUGCUGGAAGAGAAGCACGUUGUAUUCUUGAUGGCAGAAAAAGAGUGCUACCUGUGAUCAUUUUAUCUAGACUAUCAAAUGCAUUUUUGCACUAUUUUUGUAAAAUGUUUACUAGACUGUACAAUAUUUUGUUUUUAGUUUAUAUUGAGCAGACCCUGAGCAGAAUUUUUUUAAAAACAAAAGGAAUACAAAGCCUUAUUAUUUAAACUUGGUGCAUUUCAAUCAUUUUACAUUCUUCCUGUGGGGGCACAAUGGC